AAAUGUCCUGUUGUCGAUAAUUUCUCUUUCAUUCGUGUCACUCCCUGAUUGGUGAACCACAAACUUUCCUCUCUCUCUCUCUCGCUCACACGCUCCUUUUGAUUCGUUGCUUUCACCACCAACUUACCGUCAGAAUUUUCCAUUCACAUCAUCCCAACAAAAAGAAUUAAAUUCUCCACACAUUUACUUUCUCACUCUUUUCUUUUCUCCGCAACUUGCUCAGCACUAUACACUCCCAUUUCAGCUUCCAUGACUGAACCACACAAACGUAGCAAUCUAAAGCUUCAACUUCAACCCUUUUCAGCAAGAGAGAGUUCUUAGUAAGAAUUAGCUGGAAAAAAGCAUAUUCUCACUCCUUCUAGGGUUUUGUUUUGCAUUGAAAUUGAAAUCCCACUAUUCAAAAUCCCCGACCUUCUCAAUAGAAAAAGAAAUAGUUUUUUUUUGUGUGUGUGUGGGAAGGGUUUAAAUUUUGAAUUUGGAAUUCGGCAUUGACCUGAGCUAAGAGUGAGUUUGAGAAGAAGGUUCUAGAGUGCAGGGUUUGCAAUGUCGGGCCCACCCAGAGUUCGAUCCAUGAACGUGGCCGUCGCCGAUGCCGACGCGCGCCCGGUGCUCGUCCCCGCCGGCAACAAGGUCCGACCCGUCGUCGAAGGACGGAAGCCGGUGAAGAAAUCGUCGACGGAGACGGAGAAAAAGCCGGUGGCGCAUUCGCCGCAAUGCGUCUCCGUUCCGGCGGUGGCGAUUUCGCGGCAGCAGGAGCACCACCAGGCAGUGCUGAAAAGCAUGUCGUCGAUGAACGCCUCGUUCUCCUCCGACACGUCAUCGACGGAUUCCUCCACUCACAGCAGCGGCGCGUCGUCGAGCGGGAAGGUGGCGCGUCGGGUUAGUGUGGCGUUGAGGAAGAAGCAGGUUGGUCCUAAGACGGAGAAGGCGAGUUGUGACAAUGUGGCUGGUUCUGAUGAUGCUGAUUUGAGUGAUAGCUUGGAGGGCAAGAAAAGGUGUGCUUGGGUUACACCUAAUACAGAGCCAUGUUAUAUUGCUUUUCAUGACGAAGAAUGGGGAGUUCCUGUUCAUGAUGACAGGAAACUGUUUGAGUUGCUCAGCUUCUCUGGAGCCUUGGCUGAACUCACAUGGCCUACUAUUCUUAGCAAAAGGCAGUUAUUUCGGGAAGUCUUUUUGGAUUUUGAUCCAAGUGCUGUUUCUAGAAUGAAUGAGAAAAAGAUAGCUGCACCAGGAAGUCCUGCCAACUCAUUGCUAUCCGAACUCAGGUUGCGAUCCAUAAUUGAAAAUGCACGUCAGAUGUGUAAGGUAAUUGAAGAGUUUGGGUCCUUUGACACAUUUAUUUGGAAUUUUGUGAACCAUAAGCCUAUAGUCAGCCAGUUCAGGUACCCACGUCAGGUACCUGUCAAAUCUCCAAAGGCAGAAUUCAUAAGUAAAGACCUCGUAAGGAGAGGAUUCAGGAGUGUCGGUCCAACAGUCAUCUAUACUUUCAUGCAAGUGGCUGGCCUAACAAAUGACCAUAUUAUCAGUUGCUUCAGAUUCAAGGAGUGUACCUCCAAUGCAGAAGCAAUGGGCAAAGAGAGCUCCCUCAACUCCAAGGUCAAAGAGAAAGCAAACGAGGAACCAACCUCGGUGGGUCUGUUGCUGUCUGUGAACAAAUUGAGCUUCACCUCUAAGUAGCACUAUGAUGGUUUUGGUUAAAAUGGUCAUAUGGCUGAGCUGGUAGUUGUAAGGGGGGAUGAGUAGAUUGUGGAGUGUACAAAAUCGAUACAGGUGUGAAUGAAAUAGCCUGAAGGCAGUUGUAAUUGAAAAGCAAAAUGACCUUGGCAAUUCUUCAAGUUCUCGUGUAUUAAAAAAGAUAUACUAAUUAGCCAUAGUUGCAACUUGCAAUUCGUCUACCUUUUCCUCUAUUUUAUUUUGUGGUCAUGAACAGAAUCCUUUAGGUCUUUUAUUCACUUUGGCACUUUGCUUUC